AUGAUGACCUUCUUCCUACAGACAUUUCUUCUAGCUUGCUUCGUAGCUACUAUACAGACCAAGAUCUACGGUCGCUGUGAGUUGGCUCAUGUGCUGAAGAAGAAUGGGAUGGAUGGAUAUGAAGGUUACAGCCUAGCAAGUUGGAUCUGCAUGGCAUUUUAUGAAACCGGCUUUGACACCAAGGCCAUUGAUCGGCACAAAGGUGGCACCAAAGACUAUGGCAUCUUCCAUAUCAACAGUGGUUCAUGGUGUAAAGAAAACAAUGCCUUAUCAACGGCCAUUUGUGACAUAGCUUGCUCAGAUUUGCUGAAUCCUGAUCUUGAAGAUGACAUCGCCUGUGCCAAAAAGAUUGUGACCCGCUCUACUGGCAUGGCUGCCUGGCACCAGUGGAAAAAGCACUGUGAAAACCAAGAUAUGAGCAAGUGGGUAAAAGGGUGUAAGGUUUGA